AUGGCCAAAGCAGCAAGAACCAUCCACCACCCUCUCCUCUUCGUCUUCGUCCUCAUCUCGCUGCUCGCCACCCUCGGCGCGGCUGGCGGCCGCCGGUGCCCUCCUGUCCCGUCCAUGACCGCCGAGGGCGCGUGCACCGCGGUCUCCGGGACGCGCCACAUGCGCGGGCUCUGCCUCCGCACGCUUCGCGCUGGCGCGGGCGCGGGCGCGGCGGCGCCCGUCACCCAGCACGCCGCGGCGGCCGUGCGCGCCGCGCUCGACGCCUACGCCGCCACGGUUGCCGCGGCGACGUCGCUGCUCGACGGCGGCGCGGUGCCGGCCGACGACGAGAAGGCCGCGUUCGGCGCCUGCAUGGUGGGGUACGGGCGCGCCCGCGGGGCCAUGGCCCGCGUCGCCGACGAACUGGCGGGCGGCGGCUGCGACGGCCCCGCCGGCGACCUCAGGGCGGGCUACACGGCGGGGCUCCGCGGCAUGGACGCCUGCAGGAGGGGCCUGCUCAGUUACCCGGCGUCGCCGUUGUACUCCAGGAACCUCGCCGACCGGAACGUGACCUUGCUCGCCGCCUUGCUCUGCAGCCUGGUGCCGGCUUGAGCCUGCCCUUGAGGACGGACAGCUUGUGAAUGGGUAGUCACUGAUGGACAGAGAGCAUUCGGUUGUAUAGCCUUGUUAAAGGGUCUAACCAGGCAAGCAAUAAAUAAGCCGUGU